AUGGCAUAAUUAGUUAGUCUACAAUUUAGCUUCAAGUCCAGCACCCUCAUAGAUAACACCAUAAUAACUACACAGCUUUAAACUCCUGAAGUGGGUAUUUUUAUCUUUUCUUAUUCAAAUGGCUAAAUAUAAAAGUCGUUGUACUUUUAAUAGGCAACCUUACCUAUAACUAUAUCAAAACUUUCAAAUCCAGUUGGUGUAGCUAUGGAAAGCAAUGGUAAAACUCAUGUAGUUGUUUAAGAUUCUGGACAGCUUGGAAUAUUAAGUUUCAUGUUCAGCACUGGAGCAAAUUCUUUCUCUCCUACUUUUUAUCAAUAACAUGGAUCAACAUCUGAUUUCAUAAUUAGAGGUAUAAACUUUAUUCUCGGUGCAAAUUCUUUUGCCUAUAUAGGAGGAAGCUAUUAAGCAGUACAUUCACUAAACGUACAAGUUGCCGCUUUGAGAAUGUAAAUAUAUUAAAGUGAAUCAUGCAUCUUUGCUUGUUCAGAGUCAACUGGUGUAGAUAAGAAAAAUUUCGCACUUUUAUAUAUCAUGGAGAUAUCAAACAUUCCAUAAAUUAUGAUAAGCACAUAAUUAACUCAUUCCUUAGAUGUUACCUGCAUUGAUGUUUAUAAUAGCUUAGAUUCAUUCUAUGUAGCAAUUAUUGAUUCUAAUAAUCAAGGAUUUUAUGGCUCAAUCGAUUUAAAUGCUAUAUUGUCGACAUCAUCUAUUGUUUUUAAUCAGAUAACCUCGGACCCAUAUGCUCCUAACCUAAAAUUUAUGAAGUAUUUGGAUUCAACUAAUUUGUUUUAUGGUGGUUCCACUGAUUAAAUAAAAAGUUAAACCUAUAUGAUUUAAGUGGCAUAUAUGAUGACAACAUAAAAACAUAUCUCAAACUGCAUUAGCAUUGUAACUCCAACUAUAUCAAUGCUAACGAUAGUGUAAACUACUUUUACAGCUAUUGGUGAUCCUGUUUAUAAUCCAGCAUUGGUUUCAGUAGCAUCAGCAAGUAUAUCAACUUUAACGUUAGUAAAAGAUUCAACUAUUAGUUCAUAAAACUUACUCAAUAUUAGGUCUGCAUAAUUAGACUGGAGUUGUUUAAAUGCCCUUCCAGCUUAAGCGUCAAUUGUUAUUGCUUGGCAGCUUUAAGGAUAAACUUCCUACACUUAUGUGGUAAAUGAUCCAGCUCUUAAAAUAACCUUCACAGAUUUUAGUUACAAUAAUAAUUGCAUAGAUCUAAGCUGGACUUAUGAAAUGACUGUGGUACCAAAUAUUCCGGGUUCAUCUGUUGUUACAUAUGUAAGCAACUCUUACACAGUUGGAGGAGGUGGAACUAUUACUGUGUAUACUACAGAUGCUUCAUAUUAAGGCUCUUAUAUUAUUACUAUCAAAGGAAUAGUUGGAUUAACAUUUUUUUCUACUAUUGAUAUAACUAUAAAUGUAUCAGGUGCUGCAGGAAUUACCACAACUACUACUACAACUACUACUACUACGACUUCAACUACAACAACUACCACUACCACAACAACUCCAGCUCCUAUCAUUUAAAACACAGCUCCAUAUUUUGAAUCUGAACUUAUAAACUUUAUUGAAAUUUACAUAGGAGAUAAAUAUGUUCUAGAAUUACCCUCUAUAAUUGAUCCAGAUUCAGAUUUGUAAGCUGAAUAAAUAUCUCCCUUGAUAAAUUGGAAUACAGUACAAAUCACCGAAAACAGAUUGCAUAUUAAGCUAGAAUUUGAUGAUAAUAUAGAGAUUUCUGCCAAAGAAUUGCAAGAUAUAUUGAAAGUAACGCUAUUGAAACCAAUUUUUAUUUCCUAAUCGACAAAGAAGUCUAUAUCUUUAUCUACUAGAUUCGUAACCAUUCCUCCUUAAAUAAAAUCAGAAUAAAAUAUUUAAUCUCCAUCAUAAGAAUGA